AUGGACUCCCUGAGAGGGCCGGCCAGGUCCACCGUGGUGAAGACGCUGAGAGAGUACCUGGAGGUGGAGUGGGAGGUGCGUAAGGGGAGCCAGCGGAGCUUCGGGAAAGACGUGAUGAGGGGCUCCAGCCCCCGAGUUCCUCAGCAGGACAACUUCAGCGACUGUGGGGUUUACGUCCUGCAGUACGUGGAGAGCUUCUUCGAGGAGUGGAAGCUGCCUCCCGUCUGUGGCCGACUGGAGCUUUCCCCUGAUAUUUAUAUCGACUGUGAGGAUCCGGUUAUCGUAAACGUGACGACUUAA